AUUCCCUCAGUUGUAUCGCUGUGAUCCUCUCGUAUUCAGUUGAUUGAUAUCUUUUAGUGCAGUCCAUAUAUGCUCCUGUGCUCAAACAGAAAUGGUCUCGGCAGAUGUCGGAGUUUGAUUUGUAACAACCUUCAACUAGUCAGCACUAGUCGAAGGUUGUUAGAAACUACUUCCACAUCGAAAGAUUACUACCAAAUUUUGGGAGUGCAAAAGGAUGCAACGCAACGACAGAUCAAGGCUGCUUAUUACCAACUAUCUAAAAAAUACCAUCCGGAUAUAGCUGGAAAGGAUAAAAGCGCCCAAGCGAAGUUUGUCGAGCUUACUGAAGCAUACGACUGCCUCAAAGAUCCAGAGCGACGGCGUUAUUACGACAAUGGAAUGUCCGGCACGGGAGGACGUUAUCCUGGAGAUCCUUACAGUUCUAGGGAUUUCCAGCAAUAUUCAAGACCAAGACAAGAAAAUAUGUACCAAAAUGGUGGGAACCCUUUCUAUAGCAAAAGCUAUACCCAGCAGGAAUAUGAGCGGAUCUGGGAAGUAUUCAAUCGAAUGCGAUCAGAGCAAGCAUCUUACGAUGAAAGGCUAAGACGUGAGAAAGAAAGGAUUUGGGACGAGUUCGCAAGGCAGCGCGCUGAACGGUGGAAGGCUUUUCAUGAUAAGUAUCCCGAUGGAGCUCCUGGUUCUGCUCGUUACGAAUGGAGAUGGUCCACCUCAGAUCCUACUGCUAAUCGCAACAUAGAGCUUUUUAGCAGAUUAAUCCUAAUCUACAUGAUCUUAUUUGGCAUUGUAACAUUCAUACAAGUCCUUAGCGAACCUUUCAUUGAUGAUAAGAAAAAGCAGUAUGUGGAGACUGAUCAAGGAACGAAAGAAGCUAAGGAGCAAGGAAAGCAGCGAAGACCGACUAUCACAUUUGAGUACAUGAAUCAACCACCGAUUGUAGAAAGUGAAAGUGAACCAUGGACUGAAGUGAUUGGCUCCUACCCAACCACUAGUGAUUUUAUCACGGCUGACUACACUCCAGUAGUUGAGGCAAGAGUUGUAGAGCCCACUUAUUCUUCGGAUGUUCCAAGACUGCCGGCAAAUUGAUGGUUUGUAAUCGAUAUUUUUGAGGAAAGUCUAGAGUGCUUAGCUGACAGUUUAGAUUGUUUAUAUUUUCGCUGUAGUAUGGGUUGAACCGAAUUCCUCACAUUGCUGUCGAUAGUGUAAAUAUUGAGAGUGAAUAAAAGUGAAGAUUCAGA